AUGGCCGGCUUCCGACGCACGCGUUAUCUCGCCUGCUUCUACUGCGGGCGGCGCACUUCCAUUCGCUAUGACGGCCACAUGCGGCACUUUGAGUGUCCCAACUGCGAGGCGACCAACUAUCUAGACAAGGAUGGCGACAUUACCGAUCCGCCCGUGGCCACGACCACAUCAGCCGAAGCGAUCUCGUCGUCAUCUGCCUACGCCAGCCAGCAAGGCUCGCCGCAGCGCCACCUCAGCCUUUCACCCGGCGGCAGCAGCCAGGAGAGCAGUGCCGUGUUCUGCACGAAGUGCCUCAAGAACCAGCACCUGUACGUGUCCUCGCUGGCGCAAUACUUCCCGCCCGAUCCCGACCACGCCGAGUACGCAGAGCUGGAGUGUAAGUAUUACCAUUUCCGCAAGGGCCUCGAGCAGCGCUACCCCCAGGUAUGCUCUGACUGCGAGCCGGCCGUGCUGGAGCGCAUCCGCCAGGCAGGCUACACGGCCAAGACCGACCACCUGCGGCGCAUGGUCAACUACAGCCGCCAGGUGCGGCUGACACGGCCUACAUACCUCGACGCAGCCCACCGCCUCGGCCGCUGGCUCUGGCGUGCCGGACUGCUCUUCCAGGCCCUGUGGCAGCUCGGCCUGCUGGCCCGCUGUGUGUCUGUGUCUGUACCAACAGCUGGCCGCCAGGAGGAGCAGGGUUUUGACGACGACGUGGUGAUCGGGCUGUCCGACUCGCCAGACGCGGCGCUGCCACCAUCCGUGGACGUAUCCUUGUCCCUAGCUCCGCUGGCACACGCGCUGCUGUCUUGGAUCGCGGCCAGCACCGACCGGCUGCAGACGCUCUGUGUUGGGGCCACGAUCGCCGGCUGCUGGUGGAACCCCUACUUUGUUCAGACAGUACGUGGCUUCACGAAGCCGUUCAUCGGCAUCCCGGUCUGGUACACGUACCAAGUAACGCUGGUCUUUGUCCGCGUCAUGCUGGCGGCCGUGGCUGUGCGGCUGACACCCAACACACACGAGGACGGGGCACAGAGUCAGAAUGUGCGGCUGCCUCCGGCGAUGCUCGGGCUGCAUGUCUUUGUUCUCCUCUUCACGCUCUACCUCUACGCCAAGGCGCCGCGGUCAAUCCGCAAGGACAUGCGGCCGCUGUUCGCCAAGACGGCCGACACACCGCUCACAUCACAUCGGCAGCGGCCCCGGACUGCGGAGGAGCGGGCCGACAACCGGCGGCGCGGUCUGGAGACGCUGUCGGACGUGCUGGACGAGAUCGCAGCGACGUCGCCGACGCCACAGGGGAGCAGACACCUACACGUGGCCGACGACUCACCACCGGAGCAGGACGUGUUUGGCAGCGGUGGCUGGAGCAGCGGCAGGUCGCCGACAUGGGACCGUAGCCGCAACAGCCACAGCCGACCGAAGAAGAGCGACUUUGAGCUGGGCGGGAUGCGAAUCGCAGACGACUAUGGGUCGGCGCAGCCGCUGUCGCUGUCGCAAGAACGGGAGGCAUACUACGCCGAGGAGAUGGACUGGUCGCCGUCGCAGCCGGCUGAGCCGAUAAAAUCACCGUACCGGGCGUUCAGCACGUAUAGCGGCUCCAGCCCGAUGCGGCCGGGCCAGUCGUCGACGUUUGGGUCGGACAGCAGCGGUGCCUUUAGCCAGACACCAGUCAAGGCAGGCCACGGACCGUUCUGGUACAAGGUGCCGCCAGCGCCGACGAGCAUAGCCCAGCGGGUGCUGAAUCCGACGAUGCCGCGGUUGAGACAGCAGCAGCAGCAGCAGCAGAAAAAAGACGUUGACGAUGUGUUCUCGUCAGCCGUUCCUGGUGGGUUUUUUGGUGGCGACAGCAGCAGCAGACAGCCGACAGCAGCAGCAGCAGCAGCAACAACAAGACCGUCGGUAGAGUUUGCGCAGCCACGGUUCUUUGCUAGCAGCGCGGUCGGUGGCAGCGGCCAGGACGACGAGGCGGGCAACUCGCUGUCCGAUCUCUUCAGCCAGUCCUUUACGCUCGGCUCGGGCGAAGGUGGUCAGGGCGGCGAGCACGGCGAUCAGCCAGAAUCAGGACAAGGCCGGCAACACGGGUUUGACGCUGUCGGGCUGCUCGUGCUCGCCGUCUCGCUAGGCCUCCUGCACAGCCUGCGUGUCGCAGACGGCCAGGUGCCAAUCCGGCUCGACGCGUACCGGCGCCUGAUCGCCCAGCUGCAGCCGUACGCCAAGCUGGUCGAGACGGCUGCCGUGGGGCUGUGCGCGGCCACGACGAUCCGCCGGAUGGGCGAGUCGCUGCAGCGCUGCCGCUGCGCUGCCGACGGGCUGGCGCUUCUCUGGCCGCACGUGCUGGGCUGCGUGCUGGGCCUCGCGGCCGCGGCGCUGGCCGGCCAGAUGGCCCUGCAGCUGGGGGCGGUGCUGUCUGGGGGCGGCCCAGAAGGACGGGCGGUGGCGCUGUCGCUGCCGUGGCAGUGGUGGCAGGUGGUCGCGCUGCACGGCGUGGCGAUGGCGCACCAGGUGUGGAAUGCCGUCUUGCUGUAG